GCGGAAGGAGGAAGUGGCAUUAGCGGCUAACAUUAGCUUAACGACCUUUCAUCCGAGAUCUGACUACUACUAACUUAUGCCGACUUCCCUGAACCGACAAAGGCAUGCCACAGAAAGAUCCGUGUCAAAAGCAAGCAUGCGCAAUUCAAAAGUGUUUACAAGCUAAUAAAUACGUGGAGAGCAUGUGCGAGGAUGUGAUCAGGGAGAUGCGGCGGUGCUGUGAGAUGCAGGCUGGAAACUCCAUCUGCUGCUCCGGGUUCAAAGACUCAAAACCUGCGGAGAAGAAAAGUAAAACAUAGCUCCCUGUGGGAUGCUUUUGAUGGUAAUUAUGUCAGAAAGUGACACUGUGUCAUUGUUGUAUUGACCGAAUAACUGCUGUGUUUGUUGCAACAUUGCAGACAGACAGAUGUUUAUUACAUCAUGUGGAAGAAUAUGAAUUUCCACAUUUUGGCACAUACGUAAACUGGAGCCGGUAAACACACAGUAUAUGGAGUGUAACUUUUAUUAAUGUUAAUAAUUACAUCUGUGUUUGACAAGCCAUACACCCAUGUGGCACAGUCUCAGCAUAAAGCUGAACACUGUAAUAUAAGAUGCUCAAUGUAGUAUUUAUUAAAGGGAAGUUUGACUGAAUUACUUUCUACAGUGUACCCUGUUAUUUUGUCACACCCUGUCAUCAAGUAUGAGUUACACUUGUUUGUGCAUGUGGGCGAUGAGCUACACAGUUCUAUUGCAGAUGUAGCUUAAGGCCCUACACACCAUUUGUAAACCCACACAGUAGAUCUAAAUUAUUUUUGCCUGAUUAGACCCAUAGACUGGAUAUGAAGUAAUUAUUCCCUUCUCACGACUGUCGGGGCAUGUACGGAUGUACUUCAUCCCCCUGUCAGCUUUGUUGCACCAGUUAAAGCCAGACAAAUUACACUGUUAUCAUUCUUUUUAGUGCAUUGAGUCUCGUGACCUCCCAUAACUCCCAUUGUA